GAAAUGUGUAACAAACUCUGAACCAAAAUCCUCUCUCUCUCAUUUUCCACCACUUUUCCCUCAUUUUGGUGUUUCCAAACCUUCUUAGGCUUUCUUCUUCUUCUUCUUCGAUAUCAAACACCAAUCUUCCAUUCACCUCAACACAUCGUCAAACACCAAUCUUCCACCCCAAUAUGUCACAUAAAUCAAAACGUAUGCGCGAGUCUGACCCAUUAUUUGUCUGGCCUUGGAUGGGCAUUGUUGCGAACGUUCCUACUGAAUUUAAAAAUGGAAGGUAUGUAGGAGAAAGUGGAACCAAGCUAAGGGACGAGUUUACCCUCAAAGGAUUUAAUCCUCUGAAAGUACAUCCACUAUGGAACCGCAAUGGCCAUACAGGCUUUGCCAUUGUUGAGUUCAAUAGAGAGAUGGAUGGCUUCUCCAAUGCCAUGAAAUUUGAAAGACAUUUUGAAGCACAACAUUGUGGUAAGAGAGAUUACUACAAUACAAGACAGCAGCGAGGGCCACGGGAUGAUAAACUAUAUGGUUGGGUGGCUCGCGAUGACGACUACCAUCACAAGAGUAUAAUUGGUGAUCACCUUCGGAAAAAAGGCGAUUUGAAAACUCUUUCUGGGAAAGAAACAGAAGACAAUAGGAAAACAUUGAAGCUUGUCUCCGGUUUGGUUGAUACCUUGAAAACCAAGACUAAGGAAUUGGACGACGUAAGGAGCAAAUUCGAUGAGAUCAAUGUGUCCCUGAACAAAGUGAUGGAUCAGAAAGAGGAGAUGACUGAGUUUUAUAAUAAUGAAAUAAAAAAGAUGCAGAUGAGGGAACAUGAUUAUAUGGAAAAUAUUGUGAAGGAUCAUGAAAAAGCCAGGUUGGAGCUCGAAGCUUGGAGGAAAAAACUUGAUGAUCGUGAGAAGGGUCUGCAGAAGCGUCAAGCACAAAAUAUAAAUGAGAGAAAGAAGCUAGAUCUUGAGAAGGAAAAUAAUGAAAAGGCAAUAAUGGAGCAAAAAAUGGCUGACGAGAAGAUGAUGCAUUUGGCUGAAGAACAGAAGAAAGAAAAGGAGAAACUGCAUAGAAAGAUUCAUGAACUACAAAGAAAAAUCGAUGCCAAACAAACAUUGGAAUUGAAGAUUAAACGAUUGAGAGGAGCUGUUCUGGUAAUGAAACACAUAGGAGAGGAUGAUGUGGAAGAGAAGAAAAAAUUGGAUGCACUUAAAAUGGAACUGCAGGAUAAGGAGGAGGAAAUGGAAAGAAUUGAACAAAAGCACCAAGAACUUGUUAUCAAGGAGCGCAGGACCAAUGAUGAGUUUCAAGAUGCUCGGACGGAAUUAAUAAGUGGGAUAAGGCAGACGACAACAGCUCGGGCUAAAAUUCAUGUGAAAAGAAUGGGGGACCUUGAUAGUUAUAAGCCAUUUAUAGAACCUGCAAAGAGAAAGUUUUCUGGUGAUGAUGUGCAUAUCAAAGCGGCGGAGUAUUGCUCACAGUGGGGUAAAUAUCUUAGAGAUCCAAGCUGGCAUCCAUUUAAAGUUGUAACAGAUAAAGAAGGAAAAUCCGAGGAAAUCUUGAAUGAAGAUGACGAGAAAAUCCGGAUUUUGAAGGAUGAGUUCGGUGAUGAGGCAUAUGAAGCAGUGACUACGGCUGUGAAGGAAAUAAAUGUAUACAACCCUAGUGGUAGAUAUCCUAUUCCAGAACUCUGGAAUUUUGAGAAACGAAGGAAGGCUUCGUUGAAGGAGGGUAUUGAACAUCUACUCAAGCAAUGGAAAUUAAGACCAAGGAAACCUCGAGGCUGAGUUUGGGUGUUUUAAGCUCUUGUUCUAACAUAAUUGCA